AGUUAUAUCUGCACCUUUUCUUUCCGGACUUCCUCUCUCUGAUCGUUUGGUUUUGUACCCCUCGAUGAUCUCCGCGUUUCCUUUUCCUGUCCCUUUCUCAACCCAUUCUAUCUCGCUUGCCGCAAUUGCUUCUGUUUUAUUAUGAUUCUUCUUUCUGCUGAGGACAGAUUCGAUAGUCGGUUUUUUAUUCUUCUCUUUUGAAGUGAGGUAUUCGCUUCGGAUGCUAUCCAUGGGAUGCUGAUGGAGAACCAGGUUACCCUUUUAUUUCCCAUGGUGACCAAACUAAGUUUUAUCCAACUGUAUGAUGAUUGAGAGUGGCUUGUGCUAUAAGAGUUUGUGUAGUACUGCCUUGUUUUCUAGUCAGAUGGUAUCAAUAAACCUAGGUGCCCUUCAUUAUUUCCUGGAUCAUAUAUAUGGGGCAUUUGUUCAUCGAACCAAGUUAAGCACACCCUUUUUUUCGAAGGGAUGGGGAGGAAGCAAGCUUGAUUUAUUAGAGAGCUUGGUCAAGCAGCUUUUCCCAAUAUCUGAAGUUCAGAAUUUGCCUCCAAUUAUGGUGCAGCCCAUUUGGAAGAUGGUUUGGGAGACAAAAAAUGCAUGCUUGAGAGAAGGUAUUUUUAGGACACCUUGUGAAGAGAGAUUAAUCAGUGCAUUACCUCCUGAGAGCUAUAAUGCAAGGGUUGCCUUCCUCUCACCAAAAUUAGUCCCACCACAGAAAAUGGCUUGUGUAGUUCAUUUAGCAGGCACUGGAGACCAUACAUUUGAGAGGAGGCUGCGCCUCGGGGGACCACUGUUGAAGCAGAAUAUUGCAACUAUGGUGCUUGAGAGCCCAUUUUAUGGUCUUCGACGUCCUAGAUUGCAGCAUGGUGCAAAGCUUCUCUGUGUGAGUGACUUGCUACUUCUAGGAAGAGUAACUAUCGAGGAAUCACGUGGUUUGUUGCACUGGCUAGAGGAAGAAGCUGGAUUUGGCAAGACAGGCAUAUGUGGGCUGAGCAUGGGUGGUGUUCAUGCUGCAAUGGUAGGAUCUCUAUAUCCUAGACCAAUUGCCACAUUGCCAUUUCUCGCUCCUCAUUCUGCUGUUGUAGCUUUCUGUGAAGGGGUCUUGAAAUACGCCACAGCAUGGGAGGCACUUAGAGAAGAUGCUGAAGAGGAGACUGGGAUGACUCUAGAACAAGCCAAACAGCGGUUACGGUCUGUGUUAUCGCUCACUGAUGUUACAAGGUUUCCAGUUCCCAAAUAUCCCAAGGCUGUCAUUUUUGUAGCUGCUACAGACGAUGGGUAUAUUCCUAAACAUUCAGUUUGGGAGCUUCAAAAAGCAUGGCCUGGAUCAGAAGUGAGGUGGGUGACUGGUGGUCAUAUUUCAUCGUUUAUUCUUCACAAUGAUGCUUUCCGCAAGGCAAUAGUUGAUGCCCUCGGUAGAUUGCAGUGGAGGGUAUCCUGAUUCAGAAUCUUCAUCAUUAAAUAUAUUUGCAUUUGACAAUUCUUGUGGUAUCAAUCGCACUUGUAAAAUUUCAUACUAUAACGUUGACUCAUGGAAAACUAUUGCAUAUUUGUGAGUUUACAUUGUUUUUGCUUA